AGAUACAUUCAUGAAUAACCCACCAGAAUCAAAAAUAAAUCACCCUCUUGUAUUCUCUCUUUUCCCCAAAACCCCAAUUCCAUAAAAAAAUUAAACCUCUACACAACAAUGGAGGUUGAUGGAGAAAUUAAUGGGGAAGCAGCAGGAAGAUGUCUUGCUAGCUUUAUUGACGACGGUACAGUAGAAAGCCAUCGUUACUAUCUGGCUCGAAAAACAACUCUUCAGAUGCUGAAAGAUAGAGGAUAUUUAGUACCCAAUUCUGAACUUGAAUUAACUCUUCAGGAUUUCCGCAACAUUUAUGGCCCUAAACCCGACCCUGAUCGCCUCCGUAUCUCCACUGCCCUCGUUUUAGAUGAGGCCAAAAAGGUCCUGGUGAUUUUCGUUGGGCCUCAGUUGGUCAAAGUGAACACUAUACGUGGUAUUGCAGCUCAGAUUGUUAACCGGGAAAGUUUGAGUGGCUUGAUUCUGAUAUUACAAAGUAGAAUAACAAACCAGGCUCAGAAAGCUUUGGAUGACUUGCGAUUCAAAGUUGAGAUAUUUCAAAUAACUGAUUUGCUCGUGAAUAUCACAAGGCAUGUUUUGAAACCAAAGCAUCAAGUUCUAACCCCCAAAGAGAAGGAGAAGCUCUUAAAGAAAUACAAUUUGGAAGAUAAGCAACUUCCUCGAAUGUCGGUGAAGGAUGCAAUAGCACGGUAUUAUGGACUCGAGAGGGGGCAAGUACUGAAAGUGGUGUACAGCGGUGAGAUCACACAGUCUCAUGUGACUUAUCGUUGUGUAUGGUAAUGGCGAUGGAAGAUAUUUCCGGUUUCUUAUCCUUUCCUGUGUUUAGGCCUUAGUAGUUGUGGUCUCGAACAUGUAGCAUACCAUUGUGUAUGGUAAUGGUGAUUGAAGAUAAGUCUGGUUUUCAUCCUUUCCUCAUGUUUAGGUCUUGGUUUUUUCAAUAUCGAAUUUCGUCAAACAAAAAUAUUGUUCGACGAUGUUGACUGUUAAAUAUUUUGAACUCGAAUUAUUCAAGAACCUUGACUUGUGAUCUGCCACUUUC